GUGAGGGAGAUGGAUAAAUUUGUGAGCAUCCACGUUGCAGGAGCCACAAUCAACAGGUUUCAGAAUGGAGUUCAGAGGAGUUUCUGUUCUGCUGGGCGUCUUGCUGCUCAUCCACUGCUCACUUCAGCAGAACACAGCAAGGAAGAAGUCAGCGAAAAAAGAACCUUCGAGGGAUGCUGCUGUGGUGGAACUGCAGAAACAGAUUGAUGACAUUGUUCAGGAGCUCAAUCUGCUGAAGGAAAAACAAGCUCUGCAAACAGUGUGUUUAAGAGGAAUAAAGAUCCAUGGAAAGUGUUAUUUGGCUGAACCUCUGAAGAAACGUUAUCACACUGCCAGUGAUGACUGCUACGCCCUGGGUGGCGUCCUCGGUACACCCACCUCCAGUGAAGAGAACGACCAGCUUAGGGACUACAUCCGACAGAGUGUGGGCCUGGAUGAGCAGGUCUGGAUUGGCAUCAACGACAUGAGCACCGAAGGCCAGUGGAUAGACCAAGCCGGCUUAAGCGUCGCUUACAAAAACUGGGAUGCAUCCGACUUCAGAUCUCCUCAGCCAGAUGGGGGCAAAUCCCAGAACUGUGGUGCCCUUUCAGCAUCCAACGGGAAAUGGCUUGAUGAGAACUGCCGUGAGGAGAAGCCCUCAGUUUGCGAGUUCAACAUAGUUUGAUCCCCUGCUCAUCCUGGACUGUGCACUUCGUUGCAGCUGCUUUAUGUAUACUGUACACUCUCCUGCAGCCUACAGUUCUAAUGAAGAGUUCAAACCAGGGAUUUUCAACUGCAUCCAGGCCAAAAUGAGAUGUUGAGGUCAAAGUUAUAGUUACAUAACCCUGGUUGUAUUUUGACAAAAAUGAUGUGCUGGUAUGUCAUUUGCAGCAUUCCUUUUGGUUAUGAAAAAACCAGAAGGGUUUUAUCAUAACCAAAAGUAUAUAAAAAAAAAAGAAAACACUGAACCAAAUUCACUUUUUUUUUAACAUGCUAUUAAAAAAAAACUACCGGUAAGCAGGUUAUUUUCAACUGACCAGAAUACCAAUGUGUAAAAGAAAAAGAAAAGAUGAAGGUGCUGGCAACUUUCCUGACUCUUACUUUUUUUAAACAAUAAAUUAUUUUCCUCAUGUAAACAAUGAAGCAUGUCUUACUUUGAGAACUGCUGGUCUUAACUUAACUGUCAAGUAUAAUUGCAGUUUUCUUUAAAGCAAAUGAAUCUUGCAUUUCUCCACUGUACUAAUCCUGCUUUUAUUUUUAUUAUGUGAUGUAUCCUAUGUUACUUUCAAUAAACUCUGAAUUUCGA